AUGGAUACCGCCGUGGGCCUGACCAGCGCCGACCAGGUCUUGGACCUCGCCAACAUUCGCUCGACUUUGAUCCGUCUGGAGGACACCAUCACCGUCUACCUCAUUGAGCGCGUGCAAUUCCCGCUCAACCGUUCCAUCUACCAGCCCGGCGCAAUCCAGGUCCCCGACAGCCCGCUGAGUUUCUUGGACUGGCUCCUCUGCGAGCAGGAGAAGAUCCACUCGCGCGUCCGCCGCUACCAAGCCCCGGAUGAGUACCCUUUCUUCCCCGAAGCUCUGCUCUCGCCAAUCCUCAAGCCCCUGGACUACCCGCCCGUCCUUCAUCCCAAUGAUGUCAACGUCAACAACAAAUUGAAAGAGAUUUACAUCAACAACAUUCUUCCUGCUGCCUGCGCACAGGCCGACGGCAAUGAGUCAAGCCAGCACUAUGGCUCUACGGCAGUGAAUGACAUUGCUUGCUUGCAAGCGCUGUCGCGCCGUAUCCACUACGGCAAAUUCGUCGCCGAAGCCAAGUUCAGGAAGGAGACGGACCGUUUUGUGAAGCUCAUCAAGGCAGAAGACCGGAAGGGGAUCGACGAGGCCAUCACCGAUGCUGCUGUGGAGAAAAAGGUCUUGGAGAGACUCCACAAGAAGGCUACCAACUACGGAAAUGACCCUGAAAACCCCACUGCCGCGCCUCCCAAGAUCAAUGUGGAUGCUGUCGUGGGGAUGUACAAGGACUAUGUCAUACCGCUUACGAAGGAUGUCGAGGUGGAGUACCUGAUGCAACGCCUGAGAGGCACUCAAUGGGAGUAG